AUGUUUCGCUUUGUAGCAUUAUUCGCAUUGGUUAGUGUGGCCUGUGGUGGUCUCUUGCCAGAUGAUUUGGACGGUCGUAUUGUGAAUGGUGUUGACACCACCAUUACAGCACAUCCUUAUCAGGUGUCCUUGCAAACUACAUCUGCUUCGCACUUCUGCGGUGGCAGCAUCAUCAACGAAAACACCAUCGUGACCGCUGCUCACUGCCUGCAGUCCUACACAGCAAGCCAAAUUCGCGUACGCCUUGGUUCCACCAACUACAAGUCCGGCGGUGAAUUGGUUGCUAUCUCCUCCUUCACCUACCAUCCUGGCUACAAUUCCAAGACUAUGGUUAACGAUGUUGGUGUUCUGAAAUUGGCCACACCAGUUGCUGAGUCGGCGAAUAUACGCUACGUCAAAUUGGCUGAAAAAACACCAGCUACCGGCACUCCAGCUGUAGUCACCGGCUGGGGUACUAAAUGUUAUCUUACUUGCUUGACUCUUCCAACUGUCUUGCAGGAAGUUGAAGUAGAUAUUGUGGAUGAAAAUGUCUGCGCCUCUAGCGAAUACAAGUACGGUUCGGAAAUUAAGGAGACAAUGGUUUGUGCUUACGCACUGAAUAAGGAUGCUUGCCAAGGUGACUCUGGUGGCCCAUUGGUCGCUAACAACGAAUUGGUUGGUGUUGUCUCUUGGGGCAGAGGUUGCGCUAGAUCGGGAUACCCUGGUGUAUACUCGGACGUGCCUUCGCUGCGUUCAUGGAUCCUGGAACAGGCUAAUUGA